AUGCUUGUCUCCGCAGUGAACCCGUGCUGCUACUUGCCCUGUCAACACUGGGGCGUGUGUGUAAGAUACACAGAUGACCGCUACGAGUGUGACUGCACCCGCACCGGCUACCAUGGGGAGAACUGCACUGUCCCGGAGUUCUGGACUCGAGUGCGUACCCUCCUGAAGCCCGGGCCGAACACGGUGCAUUUCAUCCUCACGCACUUCCACUGGCUCUGGGACGUGAUCAACAACACUUUUCUGCAGGACGUUUUGAUGCGGCUUGUCCUGACAGUGAGGUCCAACUUAAUCCCGAGUCCUCCAACAUACAACUCAAAAUACAGUUACCUGAGCUGGGAGUCCUACUACAAUCUAAGCUACUACACUCGAAUUCUUCCGCCAGUACCAGAAGACUGUCCUACACCUCUGGGUGUCAAAGGCAAAGCUGGGCUACCCGACCCUGAGCUCCUAGUGGAGAAGCUCCUGAAGAGAAGAACCUUCAGGCCCGAUCCGCAGGGAUCCAACAUCAUGUUUGCUUUCUUCGCACAGCACUUUACCCACCAGUUCUUCAAGACCUACAACCGCAUGGGCGUGGGCUUUACCAAAGCCUUAGCUCACGGGGUAGAUGCAGGACACAUUUACGGAGAUAACCUGGAGCGGCAACUUAAGCUGCGACUUUUAAAAGAUGGGAAACUCAAGUAUCAGUUGAUUGAUGGAGAGAUGUACCCUCCCUCUGUAGCUGAAGCACCCGUCAAGAUGAGUUACCCCCCAAGCGUGGCCCCCGAGGAUCAGUUUGCUAUCGGGCAGGAAGUGUUCGGACUCCUGCCAGGCUUGGGAUUGUACGCCACUUUGUGGUUGAGAGAGCACAACCGAGUGUGUGACAUCUUGAAAGCAGAGCAUUCUACCUGGGAUGACGAGCAACUCUUCCAGACGGCGCGGCUUAUCAUCAUUGGUGAGACCAUUAAAAUAGUGAUUGAAGAGUAUGUGCAGCACCUCAGCGGCUAUCUUCUUCAGCUGAAGUUCGACCCCACCCUGCUCUUUCACGCCCAAUUCCAAUACGCGAACCGCAUCGCCCUGGAGUUCAGCCAGCUCUAUCACUGGCACCCCUUGAUGCCCGACAGCUUUCAUAUCAAUGGGGACGAAAUCACCUACCAGCAGUUCCUUUUUAACACAUCAGUGCUCACACACUAUGGUGUGCACAAGCUGGUGGACGCCUUUUCCCGUCAAGUGGCUGGCCAGGUCGGCGGGGGCCAUAACAUGAACCCUGUGGUGACACCCGUAGCCGUGAGAACCAUCAGGGAGUCGCGGCAGCUUCGCAUGCAGCCUUUUAACGAGUACAGGAAACGCUUUAACCUCAAGCCGUACACUUCCUUCAGAGAGUUCACAGAUAACGAAGAAAUAGCGCUCGCUCUGGAGGAGUUCUACGGCGAUAUUGAUGCGCUUGAAUUUUACCCCGGCAUGCUGCUAGAGAAGACCCGACCGGGGAGUAUAUUUGGAGAGAGCAUGGUGGAGAUGGGUGCGCCGUUCUCUCUCAAAGGCCUCCUAGGCAACCCCAUCUGCUCCCCCGAGUACUGGAAACCUAGCACUUUCGGGGGCAGCGUGGGUUUCAACAUCGUCAACUCGGCCACGCUGAAGAACUUGGUGUGCCUCAACUCCAGGACGUGUCCCUAUGUGGCAUUCCGAGUGCCGCAAGUGGAGCAAAUUGUCAGGACGGAUGAGCUGUGA